AUGCUCGAGCUGAAAGAUAACCUCAACCAGCUUGGUGUCUCUGAUCUUAGAUUCCAAGGCUGUGCUAACACAUGGACAAACAAGAACCCUUCAGCCCCUGUUACUAAAAAACUAGACCGGGCUUUGAUAAACAGUGUGUGGCUGGAAUCCUUCCCUAACAGUGUGGCUUCUUUCCUCGCCCAUGAGUUCUCUGAUCAUUCUCCCUGUCUUAUAGACCUAGCCUGUCCCCUUCCCCAAGCUGGUACCAAGCCUUUCAAAUUCCAAAACUUCCUACCCCAACACCCAUCCUUUUUGCAAGUGGUUGAGACUGCCUGGUUUCAGAGUGGAAGCGUAGCGACUGAUCUUUCGACCCUGGGUUUUAAAAUAAAAGGAUUAAAGAGAGUGAUGAAAACACUUGCGAGAGACAAAUUUUCAGAUAUCCAAAAGAGAGUUAUUUCUACUAACAGUUUGUUAAAAGAUGUGCAGGUUCAAUGUCUAAAUCAACCGAAUGAAGGAAACUUCCAAGCAGAAAAGGAUCUGAUUACUCACUGGACCUUUUUGCGAGGGGUAGAGGAAGCGUUCUUCAAGCAGAAGUCGAGGAUCAACUGGCUGCGACUUGGAGACCAAAACACUUUGUUCUUCAUGAGAGUGGCUGCAGCAAGGAACUCCUACAACCCGAUCCGCUCUCUUCAGCUUCCAUGUGGCCUACUUGUCACGGACUCGAUUGAACUUUGUGAGAUUGCACUUGCACACUUUCAGAGCAUUCUCUCCCCUGUUCAUCUCCCUCCUCUAUCAUCCCCCUUUCAUUGGUUCCUAGAGUUGCUGCCUUUCAGGUGCUCCCCCGUUCAACAGACCAUACUAUCUUCUCUCCCUGAUACUACAGAAAUUGCAAAGACAAUCCUCAAGCUAAACCCUAACAAGUCACCGGGACCAGAUGGUUUUACCUCUGCGUUCUUCAAAUCCUCUUAG